UCAACAGAAGAUGUCAAAGAUUGCAACUAUAGUUGGAGGAGCUGCUGGGGCACUUGUAUUCGUGGCUGUAGCCAUGGGAUUCUUUUGGUUUUACAAAUCAUGUAAGAACUUUUCAAAUAGAACUUCGGAGACAGGCUCUUCGGAUCCAUCCGCAUUAACCGGACCAAGUUCAAGUGCUGGCCAAUCUUUAUAUGGACCUCAAGGAGCGAGGCAGUUCAUACUGGAAGAGUUGGAACAAGCUACCAAGCAAUUUGCUGACAGUAAUCUCAUCGGAUGUGGCAGUUUCGGUCCGGUAUAUAAAGGUUUGCUUCGUGACAUUGUUGUGGCUAUCAAAAGACAUCCUGGUGCUCCUCGACAGGAGGUCGUUGCAGGGGUAAUCUAUUUGUCAGAGAUUCAACAUCGAAAUUUGGUUACUCUUCUAGGUUACUGCCAAGAAGGUGGAUCUCAAAUGUUGGUCUAUGAGUAUUUACCAAACGGGAGCAUGUGCAAUCAUCUAUAUGAUACCGGACGAGAGGCUCCAACUAGACUGGAGUUCAAGCUGAGGCUAUCGAUAGCUCUGGGGGCAGCUAGAGGUUUAUGCCAUUUGCAUGGCCUGAAACCUCCCUUGAUACACAAGAACUUUAAAACAGCCAAUGUCUUGGUUGAUGAGGACUUCAUUGCUAAGGUUGCAGAUGCAGGGGUCUCAAUGUUACUUGAAAAGAUAGAAGAAGCAGGUCCAUCUCAAACGUCUAGCAUCAAUGUUUUCCAAGAUCCAGAGGUGGAAGUAUCAGGGAGCUUUACAGAAAUGAGUGAUGUCUACAGCUUCGGGGUGUUUCUUUUGGAGCUCAUAACUGGACAGGAGGAGGCUGUGCAUAUCAAUUACCUAGGAUCCAAUGAAAGCUUAAUCCAAUGGGUACAAUCACGGCUGAGUUCCAAUGAUUUUGUGGACCAUCGACUAGUUGGAAGCUUCACCAUGGAUGGCAUUAGGGAUUUGAUCAAGCUGACACUAAAAUGCAUGAGUUUUCCGGGAAAGGGACGGCCGAAUAUGAACAUGGUUGUGGUUGAGCUAGAGAGGAUCCAUGAAAAAGAGAUGGAACUGACAACAGUCAGGGGUGAGGGCACUGCAAAAAUCACUCUAGGCAGUGAGCUAUUUGGUUCGAAAUAAAGAGGAUUCCAAUGGAGUUUGUCAGUCCUUGGCCAAGCUUAGGCUUAC